CAAAGAAAAAAAAUGACCAUGAAACAAGCUUUUGAGAAGGCCAAGCCAUACUUGGGAAUAAUUUCUCUUCAAUUUGGUUACGCCGGAAUGUACAUAAUCACGAUGGUUUCGUUGAAGAAAGGCAUGAGCCAUUACAUACUCGUGGUCUAUCGUCACUUAGUCGCAACUCUCGUCAUCGCCCCUUUCGCUCUUUUUCUCGAACGAAAAACUCGCCCAAAAUUAACCCUUUCAAUCUUUCUUAAGAUAACCCUUCUCGGAUUACUAGAGCCGGUAAUCGAACAAAAUUUGUACUAUGUUGGUAUGAAGUAUACCUCGGCAACAUUUGCAGCUGCCACGGUCAAUAUUCUCCCUGCCAUUACUUUCAUAAUGGCGGUUAUUUUCAGGAUUGAGAGAGUUAAUUUGAAGCAAUUACAUAGCAUUGCAAAGGUUAUAGGAACAGCUAUAACGGUAAUGGGAGCUAUGGUGAUGACUUUAUACAAAGGUCCUAUUGUUAACAUCUUAUGGUACUCGAGCGCUGACGGCACCUCUCAUCACGAUGAUGGUGGUGCCGCCAGCGGCUCCGAUCAUCAUUGGGCUAUCGGAACUAUCAUGCUCCUUGCUUGUAUAGUUGGUUGGUCGGGUUUCUUCAUUUUACAAUCGAUAACUUUAAAGCAAUAUCCGGCCGAGCUUUCGUUGACUACUUUGAUUUGCUUGAUGGGUAUGUUACAAGGAACCGCGGUUGCGCUCGCGUUUGAACGCGAUAUGAGUGCUUGGAUUAUCGGUUUUGAUUCUAAGCUUCUAGCUGCUGUUUAUUCGGGAGUAGUGUGUUCGGGUAUCGCUUACUAUGUACAAGGUGUUGUGAAUAAGUCUCGAGGCCCGGUUUUCAUCACCGCGUUUAGUCCUUUAUCCAUGAUUAUCACUGCGAUUCUCGGGGCUAUUGUUUUGGCGGAGAAAGUUCAUCUUGGAAGCUUGAUUGGAGCGAUGAUCAUAGUUGUGGGAUUGUAUUCAGUCGUGUGGGGAAAAAGCAAAGACCCUCUUCCUAAUGAUGGUCAUGAUCAUAUCAAAGAUGGAAAAAUCCAAAUCCAAAAACAUGAUCAUGAACUUCCAAUUGUGGUUGGGAAUUUAUCAAGAACGAGUAGCGUUAGCGAUGGUGGUCCUAUUAAGGGUUCGAUCAAAAUAUCCUUAACCAAUACUUAACUCGAUUAAUUUGGUACUCUAAAGUAUUUGCGAGAUAAAUUAACCUAGCUAGGGAUGGUUGAUUGUGUGAGUUUUACCUAGCUUGGUUCAAAUAUUAUUAUAAUUUUACUUGUAAGGGAAUGUGUAGUUUUGUAUCAAUGAGAUUUGAUAUGGAAUGUUUGCAUAUAUACAUCUAUGGUCUUGUUCUUAUUG